GUCAUUCCACUUAUUUUGUUGACAAUAAAUCGACGAAUUUUCUGAUAUUAAACUUUGAUGGUAUUGUUUAAUACUAACAAAAACACAGAAACAUUAAAAUAUUAAACAAUCCUGCAGUCAUAGCGAUUGUGACUUUAUCGCAGAUGUAGUGUAUAUUUUACAAUUCCAAGUGUAAAAAGUUGCAGUAGUUUGUAGCGACACCCAUUUUCCAAGCAAAAUGACUUCGAUUUUCGACCAGUACGAGCAGGCUUCGCAGAGUUCCCAGCGACCAAAGCCUGUUACGGAGCCCAUGGUAUCAUCAGGUUACAUCAACAUGUUGAUGGAAGACAAUACUCCAAUGUUUUCCAAAAGUAAAAUGAUUCUGAAGAAUCUAUCGGAUGCGAUCACUCAUGCAGCAGUGUGCAACGAUUAUCUAGUUCUAGCAAUGGCAAAUGGAAACCUGUUUCGUCUCAAUCUGAAGAAACCAGAUUGCGGAGAAGAAAUCCAGUAUUCAAAGUUUGUGCAACCAAACUCAAAGCUAACAGGAAUCUUCCUAGACCCUCUUGGACAUCACUUACUUAUGGCAUUCAUCUCAAAAAAGAAAGAUGGCUACCCAGAGCUCAUAUACUUGCACCAGAGCAGUUCCAAAUAUAAAUUAGUCAGUAAAUCUAGGAACUAUGAGGUCACUGAAGUUGGUUGGAAUUGGGAGAAUACAUCAGAGGUUAAUACUGGUCCAAUCCUCCUUGGUACAUCACAAGGUCAUAUCAUUGAGACUGAGUUGGAAGUUGAUAGUGACAAGACUUUUACAGCCAGUCAUCCUUAUUGGAGAGAGAUUUUCGACAUUGGCAAAGGCACAGACAUGCCAAUAACUGGUAUACAGUUCCACAGAGUAAAUAAUACAAGCAGAUAUUUUAUUUUUAUUACAACACCAACAAGGUUGUAUCAGUUUAUGGGCCAGGCUGUAAUGAAGGAUAACAAACCAAGUUUACAGUCUAUUUUCUAUUCAUACUUAACUAUCCCAGAAACAGGUUUCCAAGAGAUACCAUCUACAUUGAAGUAUUCAAAGCUGCAGUUCUUUGAUAAGAAUGAUGUUCCGAAGACAUUUGCGUGGUUGACUGAACCUGGAAUUUUCUAUGGACAGCUGGACCCAACAUCUCAACAAAACUCAAACUCGCUGUUCACACAGGGAGCUUUAAUCAGCUACCCAACAGACGGGGACGAGCCAGAAAACGCUCCUCUAUCCUUCGUCCUCACAGAGUUCCAUGUACUCCUAAUGUACUCCGACAGAGUCAAGGUGAUCUCCCUCAUUAGCCAAGAACUAGUCUUCGAAGACAAAUACUCAGAAGCUCAAGGAAAACUAAAGAAUAUUGUCAGAGAUGCUAAGAAAAGAACUAUUUGGGCCAUCACAGACAAAUGCGUGUUCCGAUACAAAGUAGUUAGAGAAGAACGAAAUCUGUGGAUCAUUUACUCCGAUAAAGAACAAUUUGAUUUAGCCAAAGAAUAUUGUUACAACAACCCAGCGUACAUCGACGUGAUCAAUGUCAAACAAGCUGAGCUACUCUUCAAUAAAGGAGAGUACGAAAAAAGCGCGGCCAUAUUUGCUGAAACGCAAAAGAGUUUCGAAACAAUAUGCCUGAAGUUUCUGGAAAUAGACCAAAUAAAUGCUCUCAAAGUGUACCUAGAGAAGCGGUUGGAAAGUCUUAAAGAAGAUGAGAAGACCUUAAUUUCUAUGCUGGUCAUAUGGAUGACUGAAUUAUAUUUGUCGCAGUUAGGUCUCCUCCGACGUACGGGCAAGCAAGAUACAGAGGAAUACCACCAAAUACAAAGCAACUUCGAAGUAUUCUUACUACAUCCUAAAGUUGCAAAAUGUAUGCAGCACGUCAAAUCUGUUGUGUACGAUUUAAUGGCUUCUCACGGCGAUAAACUGAACUUGAUCAAAUUAACUAUUAUCAAUGAGGACUAUGAGAGUGUUGUAGCUCAGUACAUUAAUAAAAAGUCUUAUUUAGAAGCUAUAGAUACGUUGAAGACCUUGAAAAGGCCGGAGCUGUUCUAUCAAUUUGCUGCGACGCUUAUGGAGGAGAUUCCUAAGCAUACUGUGAACGCCUUGAUAUCGCAGGGAGCGAGAUUGAGUCCAUCAAAAUUACUGCCAGCAUUCUUAUCUUGUAAGAAUGAUGAAGCUCAUGUAUCCGAGAUCAUAAGGUACUUGGAGUUCAUUUUGCAGCAUUUUAACGUGAGAGACAAGGCGAUACAUAAUUAUCUUCUGACAUUGUACGUGGAGCACGACCAUGAAGCGCUCAUGAUGUACCUGGCGCGGCAAGGACAGGAUGUCACUAUGGUCAACUACGAUGUGCAUUAUGCUUUGAGAUUAUGUCGCGAGAAGAAUUUAUCAGAAGCUUGUGUGAAACUGUCUGCAUUGCUCGGUUUGUGGGAUUCGGCCGUCGAACUAGCGUUACAAGUGAGUCUGACCCUCGCUAAGAGUAUCGCUGACAUGCCGGAACAGACGGAACUUAGGCGACAACUGUGGCUGAAUAUCGCUGAAAAUGUGAUCACGAAGAACCAGGAUAUGCAGGAAGCGAUGACUUUCUUAGAGGAGUGUCCGCUCAUCAAAAUUGAAGACAUACUGCCAUUCUUCAGUGAUGUCGUCACCAUCGACCACUUCAGACAACCUAUUUGUGAUUCUUUGCAGGAAAACAACAACCAAAUAGAAGAAAUGAAGGCCGAAAUGGAAGAAGCGAUUGCGGCUGCUGAAUAUGUACGAGCAGAGAUCCAGUCGUUCCGUAACCGUAGUGUGACAGUACUGGUGUCCGACGUGUGUUGUCUCUGCGACAUUGCGCUACUACUGCGUCCCUUCUACCUGUUUCCCUGCGGACACAGGUUCCAUAGCGACUGCCUCAUGCAGGAGGCAUUGCCCAUAUUGACACCGGCCCGCCGCAACAAGCUAUCAGAUCUACAAAGGCAGUUGUCAGUUCUGUCCAACAUUGAGCUCUCGACGAUCACGUCCAGUGGUCUCCCCCUCCGAGAGAUCCUGAGAAAUGAGAUCGACGACCUCAUCGCCAGUGAAUGCAUCUUCUGCGGCGAGUACAUGAUCAACUGCAUUGAUAAACCAUUUAUCAGUGACGAAGAUUGGGAUAAGGUUAUGAAGGAAUGGGAGUGAGAUCGUUCUAAAUAUACUUUUAUCUAUGUAUUUUAGAUAUAGAAAUUGCCGUUUUCGCCUUGGAUAUUUUACCUCACAACUAGUCACAAGUCGUGAUGUCAAAAUAACUUAUUAGUCGCGUCGUAUUAUUAUUGCGUCACAUAUUAGUUUAUUUCUUCUAAAUGAACUAGAAAUACAAAAUCUGUGUAUCAGCAAAACAACAGUAGAAGUAAGUUUUUAUGUACAGAAAAAUUAAUAUUUUCGGCUGAAUAGGAAAGAAAAAAAUACGAGUUACCUCCAUAAAACGGCAAAUUCAUAGUUAGAUAACAUAAUAGUGUCAUAUUUGAUAGAUAUUUUAUAAUUGUAAUAAUUAUAGCCGAUUUGUAUAUUCAAGGUCAAAAUAAGAUUUAUACAACUUGUAGAUGAGUAUAUUAGUUAUUGGCAAUAUUUGUAGUUUUAUUUUUGUAAGUGCAAUGUAAACUCUAUGUGGAAGUUUGCUUUACUCUUCUUUGUGUAGAUGUUAAUUAGUUAUGCAUGUCGAAGAUAAGAGUAUCCAUGUACGCGUAUAAUAUUUAGUUUGUUGACUGAUUUAUUUAAGUGAACUUUUAAAAUACUGUGAUCAAUUUCCUACCAUCGUUGAGUCUAAAAAUUAUCAAAGUAAUAUAUAAUUAUGUAAUAUAGUUAGUUAUGUAUAUUUUGUAUUAUCCAAUAUAUGUAUAAUGUAAUCAAUAAUAAAACACUUUUAAACGGAUUCAUUAUUUAUUCAGAAAAUUGUGUUAUCAAGUGAUGAUAAACAAUAAAUAUUAAAUAUUAGGACGAGGAGACCGUCAAAUCCUAGAGGACAAAUAUCUUUACACAUUUGUUUAAUAUUAAAAACAUAAAAUGUACAAACAUAAACAAUACAUUGUCAACACCUGUGUUAUUUAUGCACAAUAAUUAACACGAAGAUUAAGGAAGGCUAACGAAGGCCUCGUGCGCGCGUAUUACGACUGUGUAUCUAAUGAGACGAUUCACUAUUGCGAACUAACUUUAUUGACUAGCAGCACCAUCUACUUCCAUCACCUGCGGUUCCGACUUAUCACCUUUGUCGUCUACUUGCAUUAUAUCUAAGCUUUCUUUCUUUUCAUCUACUUUCCCUUCCUUAUUACUAUCCUCUUGCUUCGUACUAUCCUUCUUAUUUUCUUUACUCUUACUUCGUUUCUUUACAACUUUGCCCUCCUUUUUGGGACCUUCUGGUUCUUCAGUUUUUGUUUCGUCUGUUUUUUCGGUAGGCGUGUUGUCGGGUCGUGUGUCGGCAGCUUUUGCCUGUGUGGCUUCUUUAUUGUCGGUUGGUGCCACUAGAGGUUGCUCGUCUUGGGCCUUCGUCUCCGUUGUUACCUCCUGCGGCUUCUCAAUCUGGGCUUCCUGGGCCGCCGGGGCUAUAUGUGUAGGUUGCUCUGUUUGCUCUUGGGCUUGGCCUUCUUUGGUGGCUUCCUUCAUUUCAACCUCGCCGUUUUCUGCGACUUGUUCAGCUGCCUGUUGUGCUUCUGUGUUCUCGUCCUUCAUUUCUACAUCUGAAGGCUGAGGUUCAUUCUUAACACCUGCGUUACUUUCUGCUUUGGCUUCUAAUACAGCUAUACAUUUUUGAAUGCAUUUAAUCGCCUCCUUUCUAGCCUGCCGAAUAUUUUCUUUACCUUCGGUUUCAAUAGUAUCUAAUUUAAUGAGAUUCCUAGUAAGCAUUUCAUCUAGGAACAAAUACUUCUUAUCAUUUUUGGUACCACCGAAGUUUUCAACUUCAGUCAUAAGAUUUAAGACAUCUGUUUGUAUACGGAGAAUUUGUGUGAUGGGGUCAUUGGCUGUAGGUUGUGGUUUGGGCUGAGGCGGAGUUUGCUCGCGCUGCGGCGCUGGUUGCUGCGGCGGCGGCUGCUUCUGCUGAGGAGGCGCUUGUUGCUGAGGCGGGGCCUGCCGCUGUUGAGUCCUGGACGGAGGUUCAGUCUUAGGCACAGUCUGUUCAUGGUGCACUGGCACUUUAACGAAAUGUUCUUCAUGUGGAUGUGGGUGAGCUUGGGGUUUAGGGGAUUGAGAACGCUGAGGUGACGCACCUCGGGCAAACGCGGCUUGCGGGUACACUUUUUGUUGCGUGAAUGGUUGCGGACCCUGCCUAAAUCCUUUGUUGAAAGGCGUUCCAAAAGCCCUGGUGAAGUUAGGUGGUUGAUGGUAGGGAACUGAAUUAUCAUCAGCGAAAUACUGUUCUCUGUCAAUGUGCGGCUGUUGCGGCGGCGGCACGUAUGCAGGCUUGCUGUCUCCGAAGUGUGUGCCGUGGUCUACCGAUUUGUUGAUCACGGGCUCAUCCCUGCCCUCCACAAAAAUGGGUAUGUGUCGCACAUUGGAGUGUUGCUCUCCGUGUUGUGGGGCGUGUUGUUCCUGGUGGUUCUGUCCGCUCAUUUUGAAGCUUUGGUUGGGAGGUGCGCAACUGUCUGGAGGCGCUGACAUAGACCUCUGGUUUCUGUCGUCCGCAUCGACCAAGCUAGGGUCGGCGGGGCUCUUCUGACCUAGGUCAACUGUGUUUCUUAAUCCGUAUUGAGGGAGGUGUGUCUGUGAUUCAGGUUCUGAAGGCCCUGGUUGGGGUUCCUGUUCAGUCUGUGUGGCUGCAGUCUGUUGCUGCGCCGGUGGGGAUUGUGGCGCGUGCUGUUGUGUCUGUUGCGGCGGCGGCGGAUGCUCGUCACGAGGACCAAAUCUGCGAUUCCAAUGUGAGGGAAAAUGUUCUCUGAACUCUGGCGGGAUGUCGUCGAAGGGAAAUCUGUCGAAGCCACCAAAACUGUCGCCGAAAUCUGCAAUAACGAAACGUUUUUUAUAAACAACUGCAAAGAAGAAGGUCUUAUUUCAGAUGAUGUUGUAUACAGUUCUACAGAUAUUUAAAAUAAAUUAAACUUCUGUAGGUUCUGUAAGCAACUGAAAUGUGACCUUAACCUUUAUCAACAUCUUAAUGAUUAAAAUAUAAAAUUAUAGCGAGGAGCUACAUACCGUCUGUAGCGUCCUGGCUCGAAGGCCGCCUCUUCCUGGCCCAAGUGGCAGGACGUUGCCGCAGACGCGCUGCUAUGUCGGGAUGCCGCGAAGCAAGCUCGCUCCACGCGCCCGAACCUUCCUCGUCGUCAAACGGAAAACCACGC